CACUGAUACGUCUCCCUUUUUUUACAAGCCUAAUCCACUUACCCAACCACGACACAACAACGUCGCGUCACAUUCCUCUAUCUUACGCUCUUCCGGCAGUACACGUCUACUCCCACCCGACUCCUCCGCCGCUGAGCAAUCACUCUUCGUGUGCGCAUUUAGCUCCUGCACUUAAAAAUACGCAGCGCAAAUUUGGAGUUUGAAGGAGAGAAGAAUUGAAAUUGAGAUUUUUUGAAAUUGGAAACCAUCAUCCCAUGAAUUUUCGCUAAAUGGGUUGUGUCUACUCGAGAGCCUGCAUCGGCGAGGUGUGUGCACCUAGAGACCCAAGAAUCAAGCAACAGCAACAGCAACAGCCACAGCCACAGCCACAGCCACAGCCACUCAGUCAACAGACAGGCCAAAAUGCCAGAGGGAAUGAUUUGCCAGUUUUUUCUCCGGCAUCGUCCUCGCCUGAAUCCGAAACCAGAGACCAAAUUAACCAGUUGAACUUGACCCGAGACCCCGAACUUGGCAUUACUAGACUUUCUAGGGUUUCCUCUCAGUUCCUUCCUCCAGAUGGAUCACGGACAGUUAGGGUCCCUUCGGCUCACUACGAAUUGAGAUACUCGUAUCUGUCUCAGCGAGGUUACUACCCCGAUGCCCUCGAUAAGGCCAAUCAGGACAGUUUUUGUAUUCACACGCCGUUUGGAACCAAUCCAGAUGAUCAUUUCUUUGGCGUCUUUGAUGGGCAUGGGGAAUUUGGUGCCCAGUGCUCGCAGUUCGUGAAGCGAAAGUUGUGCGAGAAUCUGUUGAGGAGUAGCAAGUUUCAAGUAGAUGCAGUUGAGGCUUGCCAUUCAGCAUUUUUGACUACCAAUUCGCAGUUGCAUGCCGAUAGUUUGGAUGAUAGUAUGAGUGGGACUACCGCUAUCACGGUGUUGGUGAGGGGACGGACAAUAUACGUGGCUAAUUCCGGUGAUUCUAGAGCAAUUAUAGCGGAGAGGAGAGGAAAGGAUAUUUCGGCUAUUGAUUUGUCCAUCGAUCAAACUCCGUUUAGAGCUGACGAGCUAGAAAGGGUAAAGCUUUGUGGUGCUAGAGUACUUACUUUGGAUCAGAUCGAGGGUUUAAAGAAUCCGGAUGUGCAAUGUUGGGGAACUGAGGAGGGUGAUGAUGGUGAUCCUCCCAGAUUGUGGGUCCCAAAUGGGAUGUAUCCCGGGACUGCAUUUACUAGGAGCAUGGGGGAUUCCAUUGCUGAGACAAUUGGGGUUGUGGCUAAUCCUGAAAUCGUUGUGUUGGAGCUUACCCCUCAGCAUCCUUUCUUUGUACUUGCUAGUGAUGGGGUUUUUGAGUUCCUCUCAAGCCAAAGUGUGGUUGAGAUGGUUGCAAAAUAUAAAGAUCCACGUGAUGCUUGUGCUGCAAUCGUAGCUGAAUCUUAUCGGCUUUGGCUACAAUAUGAAACUCGUACUGAUGACAUCACUGUGAUAGUUGUGCAUAUUGAUGGACUAACUGAGAGUGCUACUGGUCAAUUGACAAAGCCAGAUGCUGUCUUACGACCCCCUAUUCCUCAAGUUGUAGAGGUGACAGGGUCAGAAUCUCCUUCAACCUUUAGCUGGAACUCUAGGAACCAUCGCAUACGGCAUGAUUUAUCUAGGGCACGGCUUCGUGCCAUUGAGAGUUCACUAGAGAAUGGGAAAGUUUGGGUUCCUCCAUCUCCUGCCAAUAGAAAAACUUGGGAAGAAGAAGCUCACAUUGAGAGGGCAUUGCAUGACCACUUCCUUUUCAGAAGGCUUACUGAUUCUCAGUGCCAUGUUUUGUUGGAUUGCAUGCAAAGAGUUGAAGUCCAGCCAGGAGAAGUUGUAGUUAAACAGGGUGGUGAAGGUGAUUGCUUUUAUGUUGUUGGAAGUGGAGAGUUUGAGGUCUUUGCUACCCAGGAAGAGAAAAAUGGAGAUGUGCCAAAGGUUUUGCAGAGUUAUACAGCUGAGAAGAUGUCAUCCUUUGGGGAGCUGGCACUGAUGUAUAACAAGCCACUCCAGGCCUCUGUCCGUGCUGUGACAAGUGGAACACUAUGGGCUUUAAAGAGAGAAGAUUUUCGUGGAAUUCUGAUGUCAGAAUUUUCUAAUUUGUCAUCCCUGAAGUUACUGCGUACUGUGGAUCUACUUUCCAGGUUGACAAUCUUGCAGCUGAGUCAUAUUGCAGAUUCUCUUUCUGAAGUUUCCUUCUCAGAUGGACAGACAAUAGUUAAUGAGACUGAGGGGCCCUCUGCCUUGUACAUCAUCCAAAGGGGACAAGUGAGACUUACUUUUGAUGCAGAGAAUUUAAGUAGUCCAAAUGCAGGAAGUUUGAAGUCCGACAAUCAAACAGAGGAUGAUUGUCUUUUGAGUGGUAAAAAGCUCUCAUUGGAAAAGACAGAGGGAAGCUAUUUUGGUGAAUGGACACUUCUUGGCGAACAUAUAGGUUCACUAAGUGCAGUUGCUGUUGGUGAUUGUGUGUGUUCCAUCCUAACAAAGGAAAAUUUUGAUUCAGUUGUUGGCCCUUUGACAAAACUUUCUCAGGAAGUUGAAAAGUCAAGGAGCUCAUCUUCAGAUUUUUCCAAGGAAUCUGCUGAAAGCACUGAUCUUUCAGCCCCUCUGAAAGUUCGCCUCUCUGAUUUGGAGUGGAGGACUUGUUUAUAUGCCACUGACUGCAGUGAAAUUGGACUUGUACUUUUGAAGGACUCAGAAAAUUUACUGUCUCUGAAAAGGUUUUCAAAGCAGAAGAUCAAGAGACUGGGAAAGGAGGCACAGGUUUUGAAAGAGAAGAAUCUCGUAAAGAGCAUCAGCCCUUCUGCUCGCAUGCCUCAGGUUCUAUGUACUUGUGCAGACAGAACACAUGCUGGCAUAUUGUUGAACACAUGCUUGGCUUGUCCUCUGGCUUCAAUACUUCACACAGCCCUUGAUGAACCAUCUGCAAAGUUUUGUGCUGCCUCUGUCAUUAUUGCGUUGCAAGAUUUACACAAGAAUGGUGUUCUCUACAGAGGUGUGUCUCCUGACAUCUUAAUGCUGGACCAAACAGGAAAUUUGCAGCUAGUGGACUUCAGAUUCGGGAAAAAGUUGUCUGGUGAGAGAACAUUUACAAUUUGUGGAAUGGCAGAUUCUCUGGCUCCAGAAAUCGUCCAGGGAAAAGGGCAUGGUCUUCCAGCUGACUGGUGGGCAUUAGGAGUCUUAAUUUAUUUCAUGUUGCAAGGUGAAAUGCCAUUUGGAUCAUGGAGAGAAAGUGAGCUUGAUACUUAUGCAAAGAUUGCAAAAGGACAAAUCAAUCUUCCUCCUACUUUCAGCUGUCAAGCUGCCGACCUCAUCACAAAGUUACUAGAAGUUGAUGAAGACAAAAGACUUGGCUCUGACUCUAUCAAAAGUCAUCCAUGGUUUGAUGGUAUUGACUGGAAAAGGUUGAGAGAUGGGAGUUAUCCUGUUCCUCAUGACAUAACUUCUCGUGUUACCCAAUAUCUGGAAAGUCAUCACGAGGAUUGCACUAUUCCUCCAACUUCCCCAGCUCGAGACAUAGAUGACCUCAAUGUUCCCGAAUGGCUUGAUGACUGGUAGAAGAACAAUAAUUUUUAGUGAGUGCGGUCGUCCUCCCUAGCAAGACAGCUUAUGUCUUGUUUGAACCCAAUUAGAGCCCACGACUCCCAAGAUCAACAGACAAAAUGAAAAGCAAGCUCCUAUGUAUUCUUUUGUUACGAGUACAUGAUAGUCGUUGGCAGAGUAUCUUAUAUGGUAGCUGGCACUAACCAUUUCAACAGAGAGGUAAGCUAAAUAGAUAAAAUCCUUUUUGUUGGUGAAUCUUUCCAGCCUUGUAAAUAGGUAUAUAUGUAAAUGAGGGUUUCUUUUCUUUUAGAAAUGAAAUUCUAGCUUUGCGCCAUAUUCUUGCCUAUGGCAGCCAAUUGUAAUUUGAUUGGUGUUAGCCAAAUGGCUUUGUAAGCUAUCAUUUUGUGGUAUUCUUCUUUACAUUCUUGGAUGGUUCUACUGGCAUAUGUAUUUCCCUAUUUGAGGACUAUUAUGUGGAUAACCUCAAUGGUUUGGAGGGAGUGAGUGAACAUGUUUAAUUUUAUAUUUUGAAUAUUGAUUCUGUUGAGCAUUGAUAUUAGUUACAUUUAUGAUUUUGGCACA